AUGACCCAAGAGGCAGAAGGGCAACACGAUUUGACUCUUCCCGACGCCGCCGCCGCCGCCGCUACUGGGGAGGUCGAAGGCGGUGUUGAUGGCGAUGGCGACGAUGGUGGUGGCGCCGCUGCUGGUAGAGUUAAGGGGCCUUGGUCGCCUGAGGAAGACGCGAUUUUAAGUCGACUGGUGAGUAAGUUCGGGGCGAGGAAUUGGAGCUUGAUCGCGAGAGGAAUUCCUGGAAGGUCCGGCAAGUCCUGCCGUCUUCGGUGGUGUAAUCAGCUUGACCCUUGCGUUAAGCGCAAGCCUUUUUCUGGUAAUACUCCCAUUCACGAUUUAGUCUCGUUUUCGCUCUUCCAAGUUGAUUCUAUGGGUGAAGUAGUCUCUAAGUUCAUCAAUGUUGAUGUUAAUCGCUUCGCCUUAUUGGUGGAACUGGUGGGAUCUUACUGUGGCACUGAUAUUGUGUAUAGUUGA